UCCGAUUCUAUAAAAUAAAGAAAACGAAGAAAAGGAAACCCCGAGAAAAUCAGUUUCACUUCUUCUUCUACGAUGGCGCUGUCUGCAAUUACCACGCACUGCCCAUCUCUUGUUCGUCUGCCGGCGAACGCCCCUUCAACCUCCUUACCUCCUACCUCAGUAUCUUUUCGGUUUUCGUCGAUCAGCCUCAGCCGUAGAAAACCCAUUUCAAUUCGAUCAACUUCAAUUUCGGCUGUGCCAAAAACCGAGGGGCUCACACCUGCAAUUUCACUUACAGACAGCGCAUUGAAGCACUUCAAUAAGAUGAGAUCUGAACGCGGUGAAGACUUAUGCUUGAGAAUUGGUGUCAAACAGGGUGGAUGCUCAGGCAUGUCUUAUACCAUGGACUUCGAGAGUAAAGCAAAUGCAAGGCCAGAUGAUUCUAUCAUUGAAUAUAAUGGCUUGAUUAUGGUUUGUGAUCCAAAGAGCCUCCUGUUCUUGUAUGGCAUGCAAUUAGACUACAGUGAUGCUCUUAUCGGUGGAGGAUUUUCUUUCAAGAACCCCAAUGCUACACAGACAUGUGGAUGCGGUAAAUCUUUUGCCGCAGAGAUGUAGCAUGACGUACAUGGAACCUUUGAAUAGAAUGAAUAGAAUAUGAUUAAGAAAACUUCCAGUGUGUAUUAACGUAGUAUGUUGCGCUACAUGUUUCAGUGAUGCACUUAAAACCUCGUAUUAAUGUCAAUUGCAUUACUGCACAAGUCUGCAUCCAGUUUUUUGUA